AUGGUCAGUGCUCAUGAGGAUGACUACGACUAUUUGUACAAGGUUGUUUUGGUUGGUGAUGCAACUGUUGGGAAGACACACUUAUUGUCGCGAUACAUCAAGGGGUCAUUGCCGAAGAACCCGACGGCAACGAUCGGCGUUGAGUUUGCAACCCGAACUGUGCCACUUGCUGUGGGCGGUACUGUCAAAGCACAGAUCUGGGACACCGCUGGCCAAGAAAGGUACCGUGCGAUCACUAGUGCUCACUACCGGCGAGCUGUUGGUGCUUUGCUCGUCUACGAUAUAACCAGGGAAGGGACGUUCAAGAGCUGUGCAAAAUGGAUGGAGGAGCUGCGACAAAGCGCAGAACCAGACAUCGUGAUCAUGCUCGUUGGCAACAAGGUCGAUCUGGUAGAAAAGGAUCCUUCGCUCCGGCAGGUCUACUACGACGCAGCGCAGGAGUUUGCGAAGCUUCAUGGGUUGAUUUUUGCGGAGGCCAGCGCCGUGACGGCGCAUAACGUGAAAUACGCAUUCGAGCACUUGCUGCAGGAGAUCUAUGAGCAGACCUCCAAAAGAAGAGAGCAGCAGAACUUUGACCACAACAAUAUGGUGGGUGGUGGUAUACAGGUUGCGGCAAUCGGUCCAAAGGCUGACAGUUGUGACAACUCUUGCUGA